AAUAUUUCUUGAUAAUUACGCACUUUUUUCAAAACAGUCAGUCAAAAUAAGAAUUCUCGAUUCCUUUGAUCAAAAAAAUUGAAUUAAAAACAAUAAACGAAAAAUUUAAGAAAAUAUAAAUAGAAAAAUUGAGAAUUAAUUAACUUCUGAGCUGAAAUUAUUAAUAAAAUUAAAUCUAUUCAACGAUUUGUUGUUAACAGUAUCAAGAAUAGAAAUUGUCAUUUACGGUAAUGGAUGUAAAUGAGCAAGUUUCGUCAUUAUGUGAAGAAACAGAAUUUUUCGAUGAAUCUUCAGUCCUUCUCAAAGUUGCUGGAUUAUAUGCAAGUCACUUGCUAAGCGACAUAAUCCUAGUUGUUGGAGAAAACAAGUAUCCAGCACAUAGAGUGAUUCUUUCUGCUUCAUCGGAAGUCUUUCAAUGCAUGCUGAUGAAUCCACAGUGGACAGAAUGCAAUAAAUCAAUAAUUAAUUUGGUAGAGGAUAAAAAAUGCACAGAAGUUUUUCCACAAUUUUUAAAAUACUUGUAUACAGGACAAGUCAAGAUAAGCAUAGAAACAGCAAUGCCAUUAUUAUCUCUAGCUGAUAAAUAUAACAUUAAGGAUCUCAUUGUUUUAUGUCGUGACUAUAUGACAAAGUCAGUUGCAUUAGCUGGAACUCGUGGAUUUCUUAUUUCAUGGCUGCAGUAUACUUUAUCAUUUGACUAUCAUCAACAAUUAUCUAACGAUUUAAAGAACUUCCUACGUCUUAAUUUAGAAACUGUCGGCUAUAGUAAGGACUUUAUAGACAUCGAUCCAAAUAAUUUAUGUGUAUUACUUCAACAAAAUGACCUAGUUAUAACGAAUGAAGCCAAACUAUUUGAUAUAGUUAUAAAUUUUUUAAUGCUGAAAAAGGAACAAAUUGAACAAGAAGAGUCCCUUUCAGAUGAAGAUAAGCAGAAUCACAUGAAGUCAUUAAUAGAAGGAAUAUGCUGUUAUAUCAGAUAUCCAAUGAUGACAGUUCAGGAACUAGCAUCGAUACCCAUCAAGCCAAUAACGCAUUGCUACAAGGAAUUCUUUUGCGAUAAAAUGGCACUAGGAAUGUCUUUUCAUGCAAAUCAGACAAUAUCUCCAAAAAAUGAUUAUCUUCAAUAUACUCCUCGACUUUACACUUCCGAUAACUUCUGUCUCGAAUUGGUUGUUCCUGAGAUUCAUAAAGUAGAGAAUUACAAGACAUUUGGAGCCUGUAUGUUUAGUUUGGAAGACUUCCCUUACACUGAAUCGGGUGAUGAAAAUACAAUCCAAUGGGAAAUUGAUUUCUUUCCGAGAGGCAUAAGAUAUAAUCGUGCUCAGUUAAUUAACAUUUACAAUUUACAACAAACACAAGGAAGAAUUGAAGUUCCAGAAUCAAUUUUACGGACAGUUCGUGUUCGUUGUACCUGUAAAAGUGUCCAACAAGAACUGAGAUUUAAGAUUGCUGUAUUAAUUAGCGGCUCACAAAACAACAUCAUACAUAUAAAAACCUUACAUACUCGCACAAGCUACUUUUCUAGAGAGACUCGUGUCAUAAAUUUCGACAAUUUAAUUCCGUUCGAAGAACUAGACACUGAUAAUAGCAUUUAUCUGAUUGGAAAGAACCGAGAUAAUAUUAGAAUUCAUGUCAUUAUUCUUCCAUUUCCACAGUCAAUCACCCAAGACUCACCCCAAUUCGAAUUCAAAUGAGAUAUGCUACCCUUUUUGAUUUGUGGUUUCGUUGUAUUUAUCUUCUGGAUUUUAUUUUAAUCAAUUAACACAAAUAUUAUCAUUAUUAUUGUAAAUAUAUAUUCAGCAAAUGAAUAGAAUUGAAAUGUUACUAAGAACAUCAAAUAAUAAAAUUAUU